UCUAAGAUGGGUCGGAUCGUCUUCUAUGAGGACAAGAACUUCCAGGGCCGCCGCUACGAGUGUGACAGCGACUGCUCCGAUUUCCACACCUACUUGAGCCGCUGUAACUCCAUCCGUGUCGAGAGUGGCGCCUGGGUGGUCUACGAGCGGCCCAACUACAUGGGCUACCAAUACGUCCUGACCCGAGGCGAGUACCCAGAGUACCAGCGCUGGAUGGGCCUAAAUGACCGUCUCAGUUCCUGCAAGAUAAUCCAUUUUACCAGCGGGGGCCAAUACAAGAUGCAACUGUAUGAGAAGGCUGACUUCGGGGGCAAAGCUUUCGAGGCCACGGAGGACUGCCCCUCGCUCCUGGAGAAGUUCCGCUGGAGGGAGGUGAACUCGUGCAAGGUUUUCGACGGAUGGUGGGUGUUCUACGAGCAGCCCAACUACCGCGGGUGCCAGUACUUCCUAGAAAAGGGCGAGUACCGCAAGCCGGGUGAUUGGGGUGCGGCCAGUGCUGCGGUCCAGUCCUUCAGGCGUUUGACUGAAUGA